AUGGGGAACGAGGGAAGCCAAGGAGGGGUAGGAGGGAAGCUGCCUAGCAGCGCGGUGCUACCUGGGAAUGCGAUGCUGGCGAAUGAAGCAAAUGGGGCAGCAGGGGCGGAUGAUGACGGGCGCAACGACCUGAAGAAAUCUUUUAAUGAGAUGCAUGCGCGCAUGAUGGAGCAGGUGGAGCAGAAAGAGGUGCUCCGGCAACGCGCAAAGCAUGCAAAGGAGCAAUUGCGGUCAGGCGAGUGGAGGAAAGCACAGGACGAGCAGGCCAACAUGCAACGAUUCUUUGGCUCCGUAGACUGGAGGUGGGUCCGUGCAUUCUGUGAGUGGACGUGUGCAUCAGUCCAAUUUUGA